AUGCAUCAUCAAGUGUUCGAGUGCGAGUCGUGUCGUGUCUGGACGGGGGCAUCGGGGACGCCUUUGGAUACCAUUGAAACUGUAGAACAGCAUGAGAUGGAGACAAUUCCUUUUAGUCUUGAACUUUGGCUGAAAACCGAGCCAAAACAGGCGUCUGUAGCGGUUCAGAGCGCGGUAGCGGCACAAGGUCUUUAUUUGGUUAAAAGUCGUGCAUUAAAUACCCAUUUCCAGGCAAAGUACAGCAUUUUGCUACCACUUGAAACAUUGUUCUCCUUUUCUAUGUACAGUCCGUCGCCGUUUGUGUCGAUCGUUGUGGUGGUACUGAAUAUCAAUGAGAAACAACAACAAGGAUAUUUCUUUGGUCGAGUACGGCAAGUUGUGUUGGGAUCAGCGUCAGGUGGAAAACUGCAGCUAUUCGGUGAGCAAGAUAAUGCCGUCUUUUAUGAGACGGACGUGGCGGUGAAGUUGUUGGCUGUGCUGCAUGCUGCAUUUCCUAGAGUUGAGCUGUCAAGCUCGGCAAAGAAAUGUCUGAGUAAAGAAAGAGUGGGGUAUCGUCUAGCUGGAAAUAAGCUCGGUGAAAUGAUGAAGCGAAGAAAAACGCUCUCGGCUGAUGCAUUUUACGGGCCAAAGGCUGUGAAACCGACAGUAGCAGGUUCUUUGGAUGGCCAUGUGUCGGAUAAUCGCUGGCAAACAUUUUACGAGAAACUGCAAUUUCGAGUUUCGCAUUCGAUAACAUGCCAGCUUGAGGGCACAGCACCGAUUUCGUUGACGUUCCCUCGACAGAAGGAAACGUUUGAGUUUGUAGAUCAACUUGUAGCUUUUCGACGACGCAUAAAAUUUACCCGUGGUGUAUCAUCGAAUACUGGAUAUGGUGAUAGCGACUAUGUACCCCGUGUGUUCUGUUUUGAGAAUGCGCGAAAUGGCAAACGGCGUUUUCUUGUGGCAAGUUUUGCCGCAUUCUGGAAAAAUUACACGCAAACCCGCGCUGACCAACGCCACGUUUAUGAGAUCAUCCGUGAGGGCGUGCCUUGCCGCCUCUACUUGGAUUUGGAAUUCAAGCGUGCCAUCAACUCCCACGUGGACGGCGAUGCGCUUGUGGCUAGGCUUCUAUCGCUUUUCCAACUGCAGUUUUAUCGCAGAUAUGGUAUUCGCGUACAUCACCGAGAUAUAUACCAACUCGAGUCGUCCACUCCCGCUAAAUUUAGUCGUCAUGUCAUCUUUCACCUCCCCGGCGGCGAUCUUUUCGCGAGCAACCUUCACGCAGGAGCUUUUGUGCGUGAGCUGAUAAACGAUCUCGUGGCCCUCAUUGAUGAAGACUCCAAGGAGGAACGCCCUGACCAACUAUAUUCCCCAUUUCUCGUCAACACUGAGUCUGAAAAUGACUCUGUAGGCAAGAAACAACUGUUCAUUGACACUGGCGUGUAUACUCGAAAUCGCAUGUUUCGCGUGCUGGGCUCGUCGAAAUUCAAGAGGCAGGCGGUCUUAUGCAUGCUUAAUGCGUCGUCAUCUUCGCUUACCGAGCUGGAUCAAGAAUCAUUUCUUAACACCCUGGUGUGUCCAUAUCCAGUUAUUGAAGCCGUGAUAGAUAGUCAACAGACAAAACCAUUCCGUCUUCUCAGAUGUGAGGCAUCUCCUGCAGUCAUAGGACGCAGUCGACGCUUUCAUUCCUCAAGUGCUAAAAGUCUCGCCGCUUCGUCAGUUGAGUGUCGAAGUUCUGUCUACCCUGUGUUAGACGCCUUCAUUCUCUCCAAAGCUACCAAGGGUGGGGUUCAAGGUAAAAUCCGUGCCAUUCAAAUGCUACUGACCAAGAGCUCGGAUAUGCUGGCGAUUCUCCCUGGCGAUGGAUCCGAUCACGAGCCGCCGGGCGCUAACACGUUGAGUCGCCCGUGGAUGAUUAUUUAUCAUAUGGCACACAAUCGUUGGUGUGCAAAUAUUCGACGGCCGCACAAGAGCAACAACGUCAUGUUCAUAGUAGACAUUGAUCAGCGUGUGUUUUAUCAAAAAUGUCAUGACCCGGUGUGCCAAUCGAUGGACUUCAGGUCACCACCACAACCACUUCCAUUGCACAUUGACUUCAGCGCGGAGGCAAUGGGAGGCUCAAUUUGA